AUGUGGAAUAAAAAAGUCAGUGGAAUCAAAAGUAGAGGUGAGAGAGACGUCACCUCCAUUCACGCAAGCACGAUGCUCCAAGAAAUGGUGCAGGAAGGGUUUCGAUUUAACGCUCUACAUAUCGCCGCUCGUCAUGGGAAGUGCGAUGUGGUGGAAAAGAUCCUUGAACUUGUGAGCGACAUUGGUUUCCUCGCCGAUCUAUAUGGUACAUCUAAACAAGACGCUCAGUUUCGUGCUGAUAACAUCAUGGCAUCCUAUCUGAAUACCCCUGACAAGGGAAACUGUGAAACACCGCUUCAUCUUGCAGCAAAGUUCGGACACGUGGACGUUGUCCGGGCGUUAGUCAAUCAGCCCUUGAUGGAAAGGCAACUUUUGAAUAAGUGA